AUGGGGGCAAAUGUGACUGUGAACUGUGUUCAUCCAGGGAUUGUUAGAACCAAACUCACUAGAGAUCGUGAAGGCCUUAUCACUGAUUUGGUGUUUUUGUUGGCUUCCAAACUUUUGAAGACUAUACCCCAGGCAGCUGCUACUACUUGCUAUGUCGGGACAAACCCAAGACUUGCGAACAUAAGUGGUAAAUACUACUCGGAUUGUAAUGAAGCCUCGACAUCCAAAUUGGGUUCCAGCUCUGCAGAAGCGGCUCGGUUAUGGGCAGCCUCUGAGACAAUGGUCUCCGCAGAUUUUUCAGACAUGGAUUGA